AUGAACGGUCAUGUGCUUGCCGAAUUCGACUUGGAAAUAUUCCCUGAAUUGACCACCCUUCACAGAAAAUUCAAGCAGCAGAUGCGGUGGAUCAAGUGGAAGCUGUUGAGCUGCAGACACAACUUCAAGACCCAAGGUUUUCAUACCCACUCAUGGAUGAAUGACAAUGUUCGUACGCUGCGAAAUAUUCUUCGCCAACUGAGACGUCAAUCAGAACAUCUUGAAAUGCGCGAUCAGCAAAGAUACGUUGCCUUGCAAAAUAUCCCCUGCGAGAAUUAUUGGAUCGACAUGUUCCGCAGAGUUGGACUCUUCGCAUCUGAAUAUGACCAGUUGCAUUUUGUCGCCGAUAUGAGAACCAAGUUCCUCUUUGAUCAAUUCAAUUUGCAAGUGCGCGAGAUUUGGUACGCAAGGACUCGUUGUGGAUUCGGAAAUGACUCGCACUAUUUAGCUGAAAUGGCCUAUGAGAUGGCGCAGGCUUACUUUGAAUCCUUGAAGGAAUACAUUCGCAAUAAUGAAUCAUAA